CAGUGAUGGUGGAGAGGUGAGUUUAGCCAGCCGUGAAGAAACUCGAGUAUUAUAUUACCUUUAGCUGUGUGCUAUAUUCUAGUGGGCCAUAACACAAAACUAUUUAUACCGUACACAAAAAAACUACAUGUGCUAACUCUCAGCAAAAUUUAUGUGUACAUAACAAAAAAAAUAUCAUAUCUAGUUUGGGAUUUCUAUUAUGUGAGUUAAGUUUAAGCAAAAAAAAAAAAGUUCAAGAAAGUAUCAUACUGGUUUUGGAAUGAAGAUAAAUAUAGAAUAAGAAUGUGAGUGAAGGACUUUGAUAAAAUCCAAACAUAAUAUAUGUAGAGAUGCAAGCCUAAUUUUCCAAUGGUGUUAGAUGACGAUGUCAUCACAAGAAGAGGGGUAUCGUGGGCAUCACGGAGGAGGUCGUGAGCACCGCGUCACCUCAAAGGAUGCUGGAUCAGGUGGUGAAAGACACCACACCACAGCACAUCAUCCGGCCAAGACUCAAACGAAAGACUCCAGCACAGAUACAGGGGGCAGGUCUGAAGAGGAGGGAAGCAAGCAGUCACACAGCUCCGGUCACCACCGAAGCCGGGAACCUUCAAGUGGUUCAAGAGGUGAAGAAGAACCAAGUUCGAGCAAGACUCGUGACGCUUCUGUGGAGACUGUUGAUCGUGGUGUAGGACCAACUCCUGCUCCACCCCCGUCACAUGUGGACCCUCGCUCCCUUCCUCAUCCAUAUUACCUGCCCUCAAGUUUCAUAGACCCUAGGAAUGGGUUAGAACAAGCCAGCCCAUACAGCACUAACCCCUAUGGUAUUCCAGGUUUUCCGUACUACCCAGUUCCAUACCCAAUCAACCCCCCUCUACCACUGAACGCAAACACUUUAGAGGGACGUUACAAUUGGCCGCCACCCGCACCAGGCUUUCACCAUCCCAUGCCAGGUUUACCAGCUAGUCCAUCUCAUACUGAUGUAUCAUCAUUGUACGGACUACGGAGCCCGAUGGCACCCAGCGAGUCUGUGACCGCCCUUGCUUCACGUAUACACUGGGAACAACUACGUCAGAACUAUCUGAGUCCAGUAUCGGGCAGGCGAUAUAGCCCAGGGUCUCUCCCAGGUAUUCCACCUUUUGGCAGUAGUGGUGGUCCUGGGUACCCGAGUGAUUACCCUACAGGGUUCAGCCCAUAUGGAGGCCGCAGUAUGUUCACAGAUGUACCACCUACCCCUGGUAGUGGCAGCGUAACUCUCCCUGGAUCCAUAGAAAAUAGUUCCCGUCAAACUAGUCCUAGACAUAGUAUUAUUGGAAAGAGUCGUAAACGAGCAUUAUCACACUCACCUAUCUCCGACUACCUCGAUAUUCAAAGCCUUACACGUAGUUCCGAGGGAUCUCUCCAGCUUACACCGCUUCUUGGAGCACCACAUUCGGCCUCCCGCAGCUCUAGUGCAGCAAGUGGUUCUUACGGACAUCUCUCCGCAGCAUCACUUGGAGCCCUAAGUCCAGCAAACCAUCCCCAGAUGCCUUCCAACCCCUACCUCCGUCCAGGGGCGAAUUUCCCAGCACCACACUUCUUUCACCCAGGAAUGCCCCAGAUGAUGGGACGCCUGCCCCCGGGGGCACCUUUGAUGAUGCCAUCUACCUCACAGCCCCACACCAUACUGCAGCCUCAACCCCAGACCCAGAAACCAGAAACACAGUCCCAGAUCAGCACAACAACCAAGGAAGCAGGCAGUAGUGUAGUUAGUAGUACGGUAGAGGCAGGGUACCAGGAUAUGAAAAGAACAAAGAUCAAGGCAGAGAAAGACCCAUAUCAACAUCAUCACCAUCAUCAUCAUACAACUCAUAGUUUGUACGAGGGUGAGGAAGGUGAAGAGGGAGAUGAAAAACCUCUCAGUGGAGACACUCAUUUGGCUCCUGGCCAUGUUCCCCAAGAAGGGGAACCAGAUUUUAUGGAGACAAAUUGUCACUGGGAAGAUUGUUCUAAAGAAUUUGAUACUCAAGAAGAACUUGUCAAGCAUAUUAAUCAGGACCAUAUUCAGGCCAAUAAGAAGGCGUUUGUUUGUCGUUGGUCAGAGUGUAGUCGAGAAGAAAAACCAUUUAAAGCACAGUAUAUGUUGGUUGUCCAUAUGAGGAGACACACUGGGGAAAAACCACAUAGAUGUACUUUUGAGGGCUGUAUGAAAGCAUACUCGAGAUUGGAGAAUCUUAAAACUCAUCUACGAUCUCAUACUGGGGAGAAGCCGUACAUGUGUGAGUUCCCAGGAUGUACGAAGGCCUUCAGUAAUGCUAGUGAUAGAGCUAAACAUCAGAAUAGAACACAUUCUAAUGCUAAACCAUACAUAUGUAAGGCACCUGGUUGUAUCAAACGUUACACAGAUCCCAGUUCUCUACGUAAACAUGUGAAAACUGUACAUGGGCCGGAAUUUUAUGCCAACAAGAAACAUAAAGGGGAUUUACCGCAGUCUUGUAAACUGGAGAAAAAAGAUGAAAAUGAACAGCAGCAGGAUGACAGUAGGGAAGAAGGUACAGCAAAGGUUGAAGAGUGCAUGUCGGUCGGCCCGCUGCAGACGUCAUCUGGUGAUAGAAGAAGUUCACAGGACAAUGUUGGCUCAGUAAUACAACAGCACCCAUCACCACAAAGUAGUCCCGAGGUCAAUGUGACCAAUAACCUCCAAUCAGAAAUAGAUGAUCACAUGACCUCAGGGUCACAGGUCAUCAGUAUGGGACAGAGUGGUGGUAUGGAGGAAGAUGCAGACGUGCCGGAACCAGAUGAAGCUGAGGUUCCAGGUUCAAACAACUUGGUUGUCAUGAGACAAAAUAGAGUGAAUACAAGUAGAACUCUACAGAAACGUAACCUUCAGAAAAACAUGGCUCUUUUACCACCAGUGGGACAUAACAGAAUAAGGAAAGAUGGUAGUGGGCCCUGCAGACAUCAUCACUAUCUCAAAAAACCUGCGGUUCCCCAACCAUGUGGCAAUGAUUCUCACGGUACAAACAUGUUCCGUUCUCGAAGAGACAGCAAUACCAGUACGCUCAGCUCUUACUACAGUAGCUUACGGUCAGACAAUAGUCCUAACCCGUUUGGCAGUCUUGCCUCAAGCAGGCGGUCCAGUGAGCUGUCUACAAAUAGGCUUAGUAUCACAAACUCUCCCUACGAGUAUGAUAUCACUGGAAAUAGACCAUAUCAUUCGCGUAGAUCGUGUAAUAGUGACUCAAGUGCAAAUAUGAGUCACAUGGAGGCUCAAUUUCAAAAGACAAAUCUUGGCAGCCAGCCAAAUUUGCAAUCUCAGUCAAACUCGGUGAAUUCUAGUAUGCACAGUCCAUCUAGUAAAUAUCAACAGGAACGAAUAGCUAGAUUUCUGGCUGCUAGACAGGAUGUGAAUAGUGCAAGAAAUAGCGCGCAUAGCACGCCAUGUAGAACUCCGUUACCUAAUGAAAUGCCGAAUAGAGACGCUAGAAGGGCCAGCGACCCUGUAAGGGCAAUGGACCCAAAUUUUAAUGGUGCCUUAAAACAGUUACAGCGAUUUCAUAGUUUAAAUAUGGGAAAACCUCUCCCUGUGCCGCAGGGACGUAGUUUACGUCAUAAAUCAGGCUCUCAUAAUACGUUUAAUUCUUCACGGAGCAGUAUAGCGACAGAUCCUGAUCAUAGUAACGGUGAAUAUGACAGUCAGAUAAUGGAUACUGAUACAGAAGCCGCUUUAGAAGAGAAAAUGUUAGAAGACAAUGAGGAUAUGAUAAUUCCUGAUGAUAUGCGGAGGUUUUUGAAUGAAAGAUACGGGGACGGACAUUCUCUUUAUUCUUAUGAUCCAAACGCAUUGACAGAAUCAGAAAUUUUCUAUCUGCAACAAGGUGCUUGUGGUGCUAAUAGUGGUAAUAAUAAUAACCAAGCAAGUGGGAACUAUGCACAACAUUCACAUGAUGGAUCAAAUGGUGCGAACCAGUUUUCUGCAAACAAUUCUGUUCAGGGAAUGCAAAUGCAAAACUUUUACAAUUCAGGCAAUGGAAUGCCAAAUAAGGAUAAUUUAAAUUAUAACAUGAACCCAAAUAUGGAUAAUAUGCAAAUGAAUUCACCUGGUCACAUGGCAAACAAUAUGUCAUCUGAUCAGAUGUUAAUGCAACAUCAGAUGUCACGUGAAAACACAGCGGCAUGGGUUCAGCGUCAAAACACCCAGAAUCUACCUCAAUCACAGGGCAUGUUUCCACCUGUCACUCCAACCCAGGAACCAAACGUCAUGUCUCACGGGAACAUGCCUCCUCCAAAACCAAAGGACAGGGGUAUGAAUCCUAAUGUAAACUGGAAUAUGAUGAAUGCUAACAUGCAGCAUAUGAACAAUAGCAAUCAGAAUCUGCAUCCAAUGAUGCAUUCUCCAUUACCUCCCAAUAUGCCCGCACCCCACCCACCCCUCACACCAAAAUCUGGUCACAGCAUGAAUCAUCCUCAUUAUCCUGUAAAAAUGAAUCAAAUGCAUCCCAAUCAAACACAAAUGAUGCAGAAUCAAAUGAUGUCAGGUCAUAUUCCCCAUCCCCCAUCAACAAAACUGGAACGAGGUAGUCCCCAAGUUCAAGUACCGCAUAUCAGCCAGUCACAAAUCCCUCCAAGAGCAAAGGCAGCCAAUAGAAAUCAGUUGAUUCAGCAGCAGCAACAACAGCAGCAAUCGUCUGAACAACAUCAACAACAACAACAACAAAUUGUUCCACCUAAUCAAAAUGCUGCUAUGAAUAUGCAAGGGAAUAAUUUUUCGCAAAAAAUGUAUGGCGGGUAUCCGGGACCUUUAAAUAUGCCCCCACCCCAGGGGCAGCAACAACAAUAUCUUAACCCGCAAUUCAAUAAUAUGAACAUGCAGUUUGGUCCCAUGAACAAUCAGGAGUUUAAUCCAAAUUGUCAACAAAGUACUCAAGAUCAUAGGUCCCCAUUUAGUAAAUUAGAAAUGUCUCCAGGUUGUAACCAAGUUACAAGUUCAACAGACGUUGUUGCCGAGCGACCCCAAGAAACAGAGGCACCACCUAUAGAAAAUUUCAUGGACAACUUAAAUUCUAUAUCGGCAGAAAAUUUUAUGGAUAAUAUUAAUUCAAUAUCGCAAGAAAAUAUGAAUAACUUGUACAGUCCGACAGCAAUGAGUAAUCGAUCAAACUCGCAAGCUUCGCGAUAUAGUGCCGCUCUCAUGAACACGUCAAAUAUGGUUGUUAAUGACAUGAGCUCAACGAUGCUACAAUUAGCGGAAGAAAAUAAAUUUUUCAGUCGCAGGCAAUGAUAGUAUUCUAAAUAUAGUGUCAUAUUAAAACAGAUAUGUGUUCAAAAACUAUUGUAUGUAUUCAUAUUGUGUACCAUUCAACAGGUUCAGACAAUAAUGGAUUAUGUGUAAAAAAGUUAUAAAAAAAAAUCUACGAUAGUGUCAGAAAAUAUCCAAAUGAAAGAUUCAUUUAUUUCAGUAAUGAUGGUAUAUAAUAACAUGGUCAAUAAAUGGUAAAUGGUAAUUGAGGGAUAUUUAUUUACAGUUUUUUGGGUUUUUUUGUUAAGGGUAUAAAAUUUAAGUUGUGUUCAAAUAUUAUGCUUGGCUGGAUAAGUAGGUUGUUUGAAUGCAACCAUGGUAUCCCAGUGUAAAAUGAAUAUUAUUUAUACAAUACUUUCAGGCAUGAUUUUUAGAGAGAAAAAAAUUCAAUUCUUUUUUUCACUGCCAUAGUCUCUAUCAUACUUUGUUUGACUUGUUCGACAUAAUACCAACCUUUUGGUUAUUUAAUCUAUAUCACUAAUUUGUAUAUCAUAUUGUUUUACAAUUUAAAGCUAUCUUUUUUUGCAUGUAUCACUUAAAGCUGUCCUAGGCAUGUUAAAACAUAUUGCAGUUGUAAAGAAAGCAAGACUCGCUAUACAUUAAGAUUUUGUUUUUCUUUUUACAUAAAGUUACUGCAUUUAAUCUCUGAGGACAACUGAAAUCCAGAGAUAUUUUUAAGGGUAAAGACAUUUUAUUAUGUUGUUUAUACAAUGAUUUCAUUUAUCUUAGGGUUCAAGACCACAUUAGCUGCCAACUCUGGUGUUUCUGCAAUGUUGUGUUGAUCCCUAAGAAAUGUUUUUUUUUUUUAUUGAAUCUGUCUUAAGUAGCCAUAGAUGAACUUUUUUAUUUGAAUCUUGUCAUUUGUUAUGAUCAUUGUGGUUGUGAAACAAGUGUGUCAUUGAAAGAUGCUACUCUAUAAAAGGGCAACGUUUAUCAAAAUGUUUAACAGGAUAAAUUUAAUUUUUUUGUUUAAUUGAAUUUAUAAAAUUAUUUCAAAAUAUAUAUGUAUUUGGACAUUGAAUUGACUUCUUUAUUUUGCAUUUUAAUUCUACAAAAAUGAUGUCAUCUGUAACCUUGUUAUAGUGUGUGACAUAAUCAGUGACAUCAUUAUGAUGUGUGACAUCAUUAAUAACAUCAUUAUGAUGUGUGACAUCACCAUUGACACAAUUAUGAUGUGUGACAUCAUCAUUGACACCAUUAUGAUGUCACACAUCAUCAAUGACACCAUUAUGAUGUCACACAUCAUCAAUGACAUCAUUAAAAACAUUAUUAUGAUGUGUGACAUCAUUAGUGACAUCAUUAUGAUGUGUGACAUCAUCUUUGAGAUAUAUGGCUACUAAAGAGAAGAUUUCAAUAUUGCAUAUGUAAAAAAUAAAUUGUUUAUUGUUAUCAUCAUUUUUAUAUGUAAAUUAAUGAGAUGCCAGUGUAUGUUUGUGAUUUUUAAUUACAUAUAUUUUUCUUAUGUCAUUUUAAUGUAUUUGUUAAUUGCAUUUAGAUAAGUAUGUUUAAUUCAUUUACAAGAAAGUGUGCUAUUUACAGCAAACAAGUGCUACUGAUUUUAUCAAAAUUCAAAUUUUAUGCAUUUUUUUUAAAGAAAUUCAAUAAAAAAAACAAAAUUUUAACCUAACCAUACAUAGGUGGUGUCCAAUUUUUAUUGUUUGAAUUGUCGUUUUUAUUCACAAAAUUGAAGUAUAUCAAAAAUAGAUAUCUUUAUCCGAAAUUUUGAUUAUUUGAUUUAAAAAAAAAAAACAAUAUAUAAAAGCAUUGUUUAUUUGUAUAUUUGAACAAUAUUUUUUCUAUUAUAAUAGAUGUUUGUUUUAGAAACAUAUAUUUUUACGGAAUAAAAUUCCAUUUUAAUGAUCUAUAUACAUAUUUGAUGAAGUGGAAAACUAUAUCUAUGUGGUAUUUUAUUUUGUUUAAGAGAUUAUAAAAACUAUGAAUCUCGUUGUAUGUAAGAAAUGCUCUUGUUGUGUUCAAGUUUUAAUUUGUAGCAUGAGAAAAAUACUCUUUUUAUCACUCAAAGGGAGGUAAAUACUAUAGUUAUUGGACUAUUAGUCUACACUUGUUUGCCUCCCUUUUUCCUUUUUUUCCAGAUUUCUUUUUUUCACAGAGUAGUCUCCCUUGUAUAAAAUGUGCUACACGUCAAGUGACGUUUCUUAUUGAAAAAUUAUAGCCUUUAAGGCUUUAGAUGUAUUUCUUUUGUUAAGAUUUGUUUUAAACAAAACUAAAAUCUAGAUGUUUACAAUUGUUGAACCCUUUGUAAGCUACUUUUUCAAUAUGGAUUUUUUUCAACUUGGAUUCUUGCAAUUUGGAUGUCUUGCAAUUUGGAUUCUUUCAAUUUGGAUCAUUUUAAAGAGAAGCAUAAUUGUCUCUGCUGUGAUUUUACAUUUGUGCUAAGAAGAAAGUUUUAUUUAUAUCAAAGUAAAAGUGUGACAUAUGGCAUUUAAUUUUUUUCAAGUGUGGCAGUAGGUAGUCUUCCAUGUUCAUUUGGUGCAUAUUUUUAUUAUAUGUCAUUGUUUGUUUAAUAUUUUACCAAGCUGCAUUUAUUCAUUUAUUUUUUGAAAUUGAAAUUCUUUCACCUCUGUUUCAACCUUACAAUGGACUUAUCAUUGAUCAAUCUAAGUGGUAGUUAAUUGAUUGAAUGAAUGUUUAAAUUUUAUUGUCUGAUCCAUCUUCAAAUUAGAUUAUAUUGUAAGAUAAUUAAAAAUGUUAGGGAAAUAAUAAUUUCACAGUCAUAUAAUUAUAUGCAUGGUUUUAAAAAGAACUCCAUUGAGGUCCUUAAUUUUGUCUUACAACAUGCCUAAAAGCAUAAAAUUUUAAAAAUGGUAUAAAGAUGAAGUGAAGCAAUUAAAAUGGAAACAUACCAGCAAUUUAAAGAAGAAUAUAGUCAGAAUUUAAUUGAUUAUCAAUAUUUCUGCGAUUCUAAGCCUAUUUUAGGUUAUUAUUAAAUUUAAGUUAAAUUUAUUUUCAGGUGAUUUUUGCACAACAAAAAAUGAUUAUUUUGGCAAAAACAGAGUGAGUUUGCAGACAAGUUUUUAGUACAUAGCUACAUCAAAUAAUAGAUAAAU